CAAAUAAAAUUUGGAUGGUUUGUUCCAUUGGUCUUAAGUUAACGGGGUUGUGCUGUUUUAUUUGCAAAAACCGUCUCAACUCGUCUCAGCUCACUUGUUCUGGAUUUAUGCGUUCGUAGUGUGUUGAGCCAGCAAGUAAGCAGUGACUCUCGUCCUGGCUGGGAUUUCUUCAUUCUUCAGUACCGAAUUCCAUCCUCCUCUCGACUAUUCAAUAUUUAUCAUCGUCUUCAGAAAAGGUAGACGGACAGAAAUUUGAGAUUUGUUUAUGGAAUCUGAUCCCUGAAUAGAGAGAGAUAAAAAAUAUUAUUGUCAAUCAGUAAUUAAUGACCAGUUCAUUCAUUCUCGUUGCUGGGAACUGAUUUUUUUAUUAGUCUACAUACAUACUCUGUGGUCCAGUCAUUGUCCUUCCAGCCCUGAAGUAGGUACCUCGUUUCGACACCCCGUGUCAUCUCGUCGAUACGAAGAAGAAGACUUUCUCCCUUCACGGACAAGUGGGAUUAUUAUUAUUCGGCAAGGAUGCAGUCUCUUGUUUCCGUCAGUUUCUUGGUCAUCUGUUUCGCUGUGCUCGGAAAUCUACAUGUCCACGCCAAAUCCAGUGAUGACGCUGAUGUGAGUAAUCAAAAAGCCUGUGGCGUCAUUCCCAAGGUGAAAGUUCGGCAUAGGUCUCGAGAUCCAGGGUUAUCAUCGUUCGGUCAGAUUCCAUGGCAGGUCGCAAUUAUCUACGCCCCGGAGAAGCUUGUCCUGUGUUCGGGAACCUUGAUAUCGUCAGGAUGGGUUUUGACCUCCUCAGUUUGCUUCCUAGGAGUGCAAUCUUAUUCUGAGCUGGAAAUUCGGAUUGGAGACUGGGACCUUUCAGAUCAAGAUAAUCCUGGCGAAACUUUUGAACACUUUACCACUUCAGUUGUCAACGCCGUGUUUCAUCCAGAUCCCAACAUUGUGCCCAAGACGCGUUCGAAAUUGCCAUUAGGAAAAUUUGUACUCUUGAAGCUGAAAAAAUCAGUUCAGUUUGCUAAUUAUCCUCAAAUCGGUCCAAUCUGCACCCAAUCGAUUCAUGAAAGGCUGAAUAUCAGUUCCGUGGGACAAUGUUUUAUUUCAGGAUGGGGAUCUUACAAGCGUUCUGCUCCAACCAGUUCAACAGACGACUUGAACGACCUGGAUAACGACAUUCAAACGAGCCAUGAAGAUGAUGAUACCUCUGAAAUUGGUUUUGAUGCUUAUGAUAAUGCCAGCCCACCCAAGGAGUCCAAUUCCAUAGAGAACUUUAAACAUCUGAAAUUAACGAUUGAUUCACCCAUUGCUAACAAGUUUCCAUCCGAGCAAUAUUUUGUUCCUGAUCCAGUUGAAGAUUAUAUGGAUGAAUUGCAGGCUGAAAAGUCAGCGAUCGGAGAUACUAUUGGAUCGGAUUCUGAUGAAUUUGAGAGUAAUGCAGAAUUCUCAGCGCCGUUUCUUGAUAGCAUAUAUCCCAUAGAAGACCACCAUGAAACUAGUUUGUACAAACACAAAUUGAAAUACAAACAAGGCAAGAUAAAGGGUAUCAGAAAGAUGGCUCGAGUCAAGAAAAAUUUGGACGUGAAAAUUGGUGGAGACGAACGGUCUCAGCACAGCAACAAAAAGCGCUUCUCUAGAUGGAAACAAUAUUCUGAGCGACGUCGUAGAAACCGAAAAGUCUUGUACUCUGACCAUGCAAAACCGGAAAAGGCCACAACUCUCAAAUUGUUUCAAGUCGACCUGCACGAUGAUUGUCACCUCGUGGAGAAUUCAAAAGUGUGUGUAUCACCUUCAAAUGGACGUUAUGACCUGUUUCCAUGCAUGGCGGAUUUGGGAUCUCCCGUUUUCUGCUACGGCCCAGAAGAGAAACACCAUCCUCUCGGGAAACCAAGCGUAACCCCAACAUCUUUUUUGAUCGGAUUUGUCCCUGCCACUUUCGCUUCGUGUGAUGACACUUUCCAUGAAUCGCCCCAGCGAAACCUUCUCCCGAUAUCCAUGCUGUCGACAACAGACAUAAUCUUUCUACGCGCCACAGUUGACGAGUAAAAGUCAGCGCGUCGUCGUUUCUUGUUAUCUUACAUCUAUUACAUGCAUACAAUUAUAGCCCAUUGUAAUUCACAAUUUUUUUAUUAGCUGAUUGCAACCAAGUCUAAAUUUGGAAAUGUUAUCUAAAUAUUUAACAAAUCUUAUUAGAUAGAUAGUUUACCUAAGUUGAAAAACAUACAAAUAAAUAUACCUACCAGUUA